UCUACAAUGCUCUUGCUGAGUCGUUUACACUCAAGGCAAAGGCAAUGGGAAUAUCUAAGGUUCCAUCGGUGGCGCCGUUUAAACAUUGUUUCGAUGCAAGCACUGCCGGAAAGAAGUUGACGGGGCCUAACGUGCCGGUGAUAGAGAUUGGUUUGCCCGGGAGGAUAGGGGAGGUGAAGUGGGGGUUCUACGGUGCGAAUACCAUGGUAAAAGUGAAGGAAACAGUGAUGUGUUUGGCGUUUAUCGACGGUGGCAAGAAACCGAAGGAUUUGAUGGUGAUUGGGACGCAUCAGGUUCAAGAUCAUAUGCUCGAGUUCGAUUUCAGUAGAACGGUUCUCGCUUUUAGUGAGUCACUCUUGCUUCAAAACACAAGCUGCUCCACUUGGCCUUCCCAAAAGUAGAGUCAAUCACACAUGGGAUCAUCUUUGACUUUUCAAUUUAGUACACUUCUUGGUAUUGUAUGACACGUUUUCCAUGACACAUGUGUGUUCUUAUCGCAAACAAAAAAAAAAAAUUAUCACCCUUUUCUCUUGAAUAUCGUUUAUUUUA